AUGGAUCAGAAUAGUUGCGCAGCGGACGAGAGUACUGCUCUCGCCAUCUCUCGCCAGCAAAUAGUUGGAGCUAGAAAGAUCUCGGUCUUGUCAUAUUGGAACACAGGCCCGGGGAACCAGAGCAGGUACAAUAUCUUCGUACUAUACGAAGUUUACAGGCGAUCGGCAAACCGCUAUAUGAAGCAGUAUUUUGAGUGCCUGGAUCGCCUUCCAGCCUCCAGUACUGAGCCCAGUAACGCGUAUGGCCGGUCGCAAGAAGUCUCCACCCGCGAGGGCUUCUCCAUCCGCGAGGACGUCUCCAUCCCCGAGGGCUUCUCCAUGCCCGAGGGCUACGAAGCAGAGAGCAAUUUCUGGCGCUUCAAGAUUUCGCAUGACACCGCGGUGGCAGACCUGACAGUGCUGGACGAAAUCCUUGACAAGGCCAAGGAGCAAGAGAAGCCUCCGGGGAGGACUGUCUCUCCAGGCUUAGCCGCAUGGACAUUCAUGUGCUCCAUUCUUGCCUUUGCGUCGCCACACAACGUACCAUCUACUGUUUUCAAAGUCGGUGCACUUACGGGUGCUCUACUAUUCACUUCUAGCCUCGUUCGAAAUGUGCCGCGGGCGAGCAAGCUGGGCCCUGCUCAGCACAAGAUCCAAGGGCUGAUCCGGUCGUUUGAGGAGGGAACGAUGCCGCACCGAGAUCGGAGCGAGGUCUUGAUCUCACCGUUAGGCUUACUCCCGGGGCUCUAG